CAACGGUUGAUAUAAUGCGGAUAGUAGCGUCCCGUGGAGGGACUUGGAUUAUUGCGUUGUUGGGUUACAUUCUUGGCUGGGCAGCUGGACAAAUCUCGGAGAAUCCGUGUGUUCCAAGAUGUGUUACGUUCGGAGAAAUAAAUACGCUGUGGAUGACAAAGAGCGUUCGUCAGUAUUGGCAGUGCGAGCCGGUCGACGAAAAUGAUUGGAAUAUACGUUUGAAGACAUGUGCCAGUGGAACUGUGUUUGAUUACGAAAAACAAACUUGUGUAACUGAAGAUUUGACUAAAGAAUACAGUAGCGUAUGCGUUGAACGAGAUCCGUCCAUAGUGAUUCCACCUGAACAAGAUGAGUGGUUGGAACUGUGCCCUGAACCUGGCUGUAGUAAUUUUCAAGAAAUCAAUACGUUGUGGGCUAUCCCAGAUCCAGCGUUUUUUCUUCAAUGUCGACCAGAUCCUAGUGGAAUUUGGGUACUUCAUCAGAUGCCUUGUGCCCCGACGAAACUCUUCCAUUUUGCCAGACAAGUUUGUGUACUUCCUAAUAACUGGCUGGCAUGUGACGGACAAGUUAUCGGAACUACAACGACACAAGCCACUACAACAACGGAAGUGAGUCCUACUUUCCCGGAUGAUGUGACAGAUGAAGAAAUAAGUACAACUACGACGCAGAUUGUAACAACAACCACUCCAACCCAAGAAGUGACCACUACUACGCCACAAGUGGUAACGACAACUACGACUCAGGAAGUAACAACUACUACGACUGCAGCAGCAACAACAACUACGACAGCGCCGGUAACUACAACCACGACCCAGGAAGUAACAACAACUACGGCAGCACCAGUUACCACAACUACGACCCAGGAAGUAACAACAACUACGACAGCACCUGUGACCACAACCACGACUCAGGAAGUAACAACAACUACGACAACGCCAGUAACCACAACCACGACCCAGGAAGUAACAACAACUACGGCAGCACCAGUUACCACAACCACGACCCAGGAAGUAACAACAACUACGGCAGCACCUGUGACCACAACCACGACCCAGGAAGCUACAACAACCACUCCAACACAAGCAGUGACUACUACUACACCGCAAGUAGUAACAACAACUACGACCCAGGGACUAACAGGAACUACGCCCGUUCCGGAUGAUGAAACCGAUUUCUGCAUUGAACCAAGGUGUCAAACUACUGCUGAGAUCAACACCCUUUGGCCUAAUCCGAACAAUACAUUUUUCUACCAGUGUCGACCCGCCUUCGGUGGCGGUUGGACACCGCAAUUGAUGCCCUGCGCACCAGGGACGGUGUUCAGUUUCCCGCAUCAAGUUUGUGUAUGGCCUGCCCAAUGGACUGAUCCUUGCGGUUCGAUAGGAUCAACUACGGUCGAUGGGGAUGACCUUUUGACCACUACGCCUGAUGGAGGAUCGACAGCAACAACGGAAGACGUAUCCACAACUAUACCAACAGAAGGGCCCACAACAACGCCGGAAAAUGGAACAUCAACUACGACCGAAGGGUCCACAACAACGCCGGAAAAUGGAACAUCAACUACGACCGGAGAAGUCACUUUGCCUGAUGAAGGAUUGACAAAUACUACCACAACGCCGGAAAACGGCGUUUCAACCACACCCGAUGGAGGGACUACUCCAGGACAUAUAGUUGACUGUCUAAUACCCAACUGUGUUUAUUUGCAAAAUGAGGAAAUUCGCUGGCCUACGAGAGUUCCAGAGGAGUUCUACCGGUGUAUUUUCCUGUUGGAUACCAUUUGGAUACCGUUCUUGGACCGCUGUCCGCAAGGAACCUACUUUAGCUUCGAACAACAGUACUGUAUCGAUCCGGCAUACUGGAAUGACAUUUGUGCUGAUGUUCCUGAGGGAAUAACAACCACACAGAUGACCACCACUACAGAGGAGACCGGGAAUGAAAUUGAAUCACCACUUCCCGUUAUCUGUGGAUCACCGCGCUGCUCAACAGCUUCGGAACGUAGCAUCCUCUGGCCCAGUACCGUUGCGAAUCAGUUCUACGAAUGUUUAUGGGUGGAGCGGCUGUUCCAGUAUGUCCCAUUCCCGAGGCGUUGUUCUUCGUAUUUGCUGUUUGAUUUCCAGAAACAGGAUUGCGUGCAACCGCUCGAGUGGGUUGACAUUUGCCCGAUAUUCCCAACGCUGCCCCCAAGUUGCCCUGAGUGCUGCCCCACUUGUCCACCUACCACCGAUGAACCGACCACUUCAGAGUACCCGGAUUGGAUGCCAAUACCUGUGAUUUGCGGUACGCCACGUUGUACCACUGAUCUGGAAAGAAGUUUCAUGUGGCCGGCGGAUGAUGCUCGCAAUUUCUACAUAUGCGUAGACACCGGUAAUGACUGGUGGCAAACUACUUUGUUGGAAUGUGAAGAAGGGCAGUAUUUCCAAACUAUGCUUCAAACGUGUGUGCCCGAGCAGGAAUAUGAUGCUACAUUUUGCCCUAUCUUCCCGCCACCUCCAGCAGCCCCUACCGUCGUUCCGAGUGAUCCCGUAGAAACAUGCCUCGAAGGUUACAACUCGAGCAAUAUUCAGCCAGUAACUUGUGACGAUCCGCGGUGCAUCACUUCUUAUGAAGUGUCCGCGUACUGGCCCUCUGUCGACCCUUCAAAAUACUACGAAUGUGAACUGCAGCUCUCUGGUGGAUACGCUCCGUCAGUCAGGGAUUGUCCCCAGAAUACACAGUUCGAUUUUUUCCGACAGUGUUGUACAUUAGUACCGGUGCUCACGGCAGAGGAAGUAUGUGCACUGUUCGAUGGAUUGGCUCCAACCUCAACACCGGAUCCUUCCACGGAUGGUUCACCGAUUCUGACACCUCCUUCGUGGGGUUAAGUUGACAGUUGGCUAACAGAAGUCACAACUUCUUUUAUUUUUUGUUUGUUUUAGGGCAAGUCGGGAUGGUUAGGACUAGGUUAGAGUCUAGGUUUAGGAACGUUAAAGAUAUGUAUUUUUAUAUUUAUUGUACGUG